AGAGUGUGGAAGCGGAGCGGGGCAAGAGGGACGCUCGGAAUUGCGCAGUUACCGAGGGUAGAAGUGCACCUUUUGUAUCCUUCUGUGAAAGUGAUGAUGAAACAUGUGAAAUUCCUUUUGACAAUGCAGCUACUAUCUAUUGCAGUAUUCCAAGUGCAAGCCAUAAAAGAUGUUGAUGACUAUUAUGAGAAGACAAAGAGGGCUGUGGAUGGAAGAAUUCCUGCUGGUGGUUAUUACGAGAAGGAAAAGAGAAAUUUAGAUGGUAGUGAGGAUUAUGAUGAGGAUGAAGAUGAGGAUGAUGACGACGAAGAUUCCGAUAUUGACUAUGAGGAGCCAAAAAUGAAAUUGAAGCAACAUGCACACAGAAGCAGAAAAGCAUUAGAUGAAGAAAGGAAGAAAAGGGAGUAUGAAUAUUAUUCUCGUGGGAAGUUUGCCAGGGAUAUUGAUGACUAUGUGCGUUAA